CAGCUCACUUUGCACGUUCCAUUGUUUUUACUUUACUUCUUACCUUUUACUUUUACCUUUGCUUUGUUCUUGUUCUUGUUCUUGUAGUCAUGGCUGCCAAAGAUAGCACAAAGAGCACUCUCUACAUCGGUGGUUUGGAUGAGCAAGUGACUCCACAGAUUCUGCAUUCUGCAUUUAUUCCUUUUGGUGAGAUCACUCACAUUGAAAUCCCUCCUGAUCCCACUUCAACGGCCCCCCAUCGUGGAUUCGGAUUCGUCGAGUUUGAUUUGCCUGCGGACGCAAAGGCUGCUCAGGAUAAUAUGCAUCUGUCAGAGUUAUUCGGAAGAACUAUCAAAGUUAAUCUUGCCAAACCAUUGAGAGGGACAGGAACAGGACCAGGUGGAAUCGGUCGUGGACCUGAAAAAGCCAUCUGGGCUGACGAGGAUUGGUUAAAAAGAAAUGUCCUUGGUGAUGAUCCAGUAGCAGAUACCCAAGCACAGGACAGCUCAUCAUCAUCAACCGUACCCACCGUAGGACCAUCAACAUCAUAAAAAUAAAUAAUAAUACAAAUGUUAAUUAU